AUGGAGUCAAAGCUGGAGACGAUCAAUCUUCCUCAUUUGCCUUCGUCGCUUCCCAUCCAUGUGGCCUUGUUCCGCGACGUUAAGAACUCGGCAUUUUUGCGCCAGCAGUUACUUGCGGGCAACGCGGACUUUGAAUAUGCCAUGGUCGAUGCGAGCUUGGUACUAUCAAGAGCGCACGCGUUGGCGGCUGUUUUUCGGGCAAUGAAUGAUUAUCUGAACAAUCGACUUAAGUCCCACAAUGUGCAUUCGGAGAUUGUUUUCUCCUUCAAUCCAACGAACAAUAUUGCCGAGUCAUUCCGUAAGCUCGGCAUCUCUGACUCUACCACGGACUUGUUGAUCAUCAAGGUGGCAGUGUCGCCGGAGAUAACGCGUGACUCUGUUGCGACACACCUGGAGAGUGGCGUCGAAGGCACACAGGUGCCAUUCAACGAUUUGACUCUGUCGGAGAUACAUGACAUCAACAAAAUCAAGAAGCUCUACAAGCUCGGUGCAUUGCCGUCACCAAUGUCGAAGUCCGACCCGAGCCAGCCUUUGCCAAGUGAAGCCGACAAGAGAUUGGAGAAUUCUAUACUUGGCGCCAUCGCAUUGCGAGGGUCAUGA